AUGGAUAUAGAUAAACUUGGUGAUAAACUAUCCUAUACUCUUACAAAUUGGGAAGUUCAUAAUGGGGAUUGCCUAAGCAAAACUCCUAAUAGGAAAGGAAAUAAAGUUAUAAAUAACUUUAAAAUUAAUAUAGAUACCCGAAGUGUAGAAGAUAAACUGUCAUCUUUAAUUAAUAAGCAUUUAAAUGAUGCACAAAAAGCUCUUGAAAAUAUAAGGAUACAGCAUGAGAAUGAAUUAAGGAAGCAGGAAGAACUAAGGAUUUCUCAAGAAAAAAAACUUCUAGAAGACGAAAAGAGACGUAUUGAAGAAGAAGAAAUACGUAUCAAGAAUGAAAAAAAGUUUUUUGAAGAUAUGAAAAGAAAUGAAGCACAGAAGCAAAUAGAGAAGACUACUGAGAAUAAUAUAGUAACAAAUACUCAGGAUACAUUAAAUAUUGAAGACCCUAAGAAUAAAUGUAUAGUUAAUCAAACUGAGGAGAGGAGGUUUGUGGAGAUGUUAGAGAAUUAUGAGAAAUCAAAGGAAUAUUUAGAAAUCAUGAAUAGUACUGAUAAAGAUAUUAAAAACACAAGAAUAAAUAUAAAAAAGACAAUUCAGUUAUCUAUAAAUCAAAUUUCCUCAACUCAGAAACAAGUUUUGCUCUCUUCUAACAGAAUUAUUGAGCUAUUAUCUAGCUUAAAAAAUAUGAAGCAGUCAUAUGAUUAUGCAUUAUAUAUGAUAGCAAAUUCCCUUAUUAGUCAAUGUUCUGGUCAAAUCACAGCACAUCCAGAUUCUGUAUGGAGUUAUUCAUAUACUUACCUUAAUAUUUUAAAAAUUCAUAAUAAAAUAGAUAUGAUGAUGAAUGGAAUAAUAUAUAGGAGUUGUCCAAUAUUACUAUCUGGUGAAUUAAAAGAGAUGCAAAAUGUGAAUGAAACUGAGGAGGCACUUCUUCAAAGGAUUAACUCUAUUGUAAGGCUCUAUCUCGCUAUAAAUAUACAAUGCAAAAAUUAUCAUGUAAUAUGGCUAUGGCUAGUUAAAAUUUUAAAUAAGAACCCAUCUAAAGAAAUACCGUCUAUUUUAGUUACAGCAUUGCAAAUUAUACCAUUUUUCUUUAUGCCAGUGUUUGGUAUACAGUUUCGGAAAUUACUUGAUUAUAUACACAAUUUCAUUAUUCCAAAUAUUAACCUUCUAAUAGAAAAUAAUCCAUAUCCUAUUAAGAGUUAUUCACAGCAACUGGAGAUGAUCUUAAAUGAACUGAGAGGGACUACUUCUAUCCAUGAACCACCAAGUGGAUAUAUUUUGAAGGAUAAAAAUAUUGAUAUUGAGUGUUAA